GUUUGAAACAUUAUAUACGUUAAAGUACUAUUAUUUUAUCUUCUCUAGCUAGCGUAUGGAAGGCCCCAGCAGCAGCCGAGGAAAGGACAAGGAAGAGAAAGGAAGAGAAGAAGUGCGUUACCGGGGCGUGAGAAGAAGGCCUUGGGGAAAAUUCGCGGCGGAGAUUCGAGACCCUUCAAGACAGGGAGCAAGGUUGUGGCUUGGAACAUUUGAUACUGCAGAGGAAGCUGCUCGUGCUUAUGAUAAAGCAGCAUUUAACUUGAGAGGUCAUCUUGCAAUCCUUAAUUUUCCAAAUGAGUAUUACCCUCAAGUCGUGGGAUCCUCUCCUCGUCCUCCUCAUCACUCUUCUUCUUCUUCUUCUUCAACAUUUAGUGCAAGCCAGAGUUUCGAGAGGGGAACUUCGUCCAGUGGGCAAGAAAAGCAAGUUUUUGAAUUUGAGUAUUUGGAUGACAAGGUGUUGGAAGAGCUUCUUGAAUCAGAAGAAGAGAAGAAGAAACGACAACAAGAUUGAUCACUAUUAUAUAAUUUCUGGUUUUAAUUAUGGGUUUCACUUUGGUAUUGUUCUUGAUUUUCUUGAGCUUAAUUAAUCCCUCAUCAUCAAUUUUCACAUUAAUUAUAGGAGUUGAUAUGAUAUGAAUAAGAUUUGUUUGCAAUAAUAAGAUUGUUAGCAAUUUAUGGUUUGUUUGCCACACAA